GGGCAUUAUCGUGAUUAUCUACCCACCAAAAGCCACAACCUGAAAACGUAGGCUUUAAGUGAGAGAAACAACGAGAGCUGCACGGUGCAUCUCCGUUCAUUUUCCCCAUUUCAGACUCCAACUCUUUCCUAAAUUACCAUUCGAUGCCACUCCUCUUCCCCCUCACUCUCUCUCCACUGUGAAAUCUCCGAUCUUCCAAGGAUUCUCUCUACAACUUCUACUCGACUCACCUGCGUUUCGAGCUUCGCUUCGCAAAAUGGCGGUUCCUUGAAGCUCAAUCUCUUUUCUCCUCUAAGCUUCCACACACUUGAGCUCCGUUCCUCAACAAUGGCGGUUCCUUAUAGAUGAGGACAGUUCAAGAUUUCAUCAUUCUCACCCUUCUUACACUCCUAUUCAGCUUUUACGCUUGGAAGAAAGUGAAACAAAAUGCUAAUUCGUAGCCUUCGAAUUUGUGCACCAAUUAACCCUCGGUUUCAGAUCUAACAGUUGCUGAACUUCGUUUGGUGACGACGGCAACACGUUUUCUGCUACAAUAGUUGUUUGAGCGGUGGUUGGAAUCAGGUUUUAGUUUGUUUAUUAUUAUUUUGAUCUGUGAUUAUUGGGCCUAGUCUUGGGUUGCCUGGACUUUGCGUUGUCGAGAUGAAUCGUAGUUUUAGGGCUCAGGAAUCGCAAAUGCAAGCGAUGAUGAAGCAGAGGCAGCAGCUGAGAGCCUCAGUGAGGAAGGAGAAGGAAGAAGAGCUCGCUUUGUUCCUAGAGAUGAAGAAGCGCGAAAAAGAACGAAAUGAUCUUCUUCUUAACAGCUCUGAAGAGUUCGAUGCACCAUUAGGGUCGAAACCCGGAACUUCUCCCAUUUUCAAUAUUUCCUCAUCAACGCCAGCACCUCAACGCAAAACUGGUGCUGAUGAUUUUCUCAAUUCAGACAAUGAUAAGAAUGAUUAUGAUUGGCUUUUAACUCCACCCGGGACUCCUCUUUUUCCUUCAUUGGAGAUGGAAUCACAUAGGACCAUGAUGAGUCAGCUUGGAACCCCAAAGGCUCGUCCUACUGUACUCAAAUCUAGAUUAGCAAACCCCCAGCCAGAACCUGUUGCUAGGAGCAACUUAGUGUCUAAACAAUCAACUUCUUCCCCUGGGUUGAGUUCUUCAAGUUCAGGGACCCGGAGGCCCUCAUCAUCAGGAGGUCCAGGAUCGAGAGCUGCAACACCAACUGGACGGCCCACAUUGACUUCUGCGCCUAGACCUUCAAGAUCGUCAACACCUACUUCUCGAGCAAGCUUGCCAUUAAACAAGUCCACAAAUUCUGCAGCUAAGCCUACAGUUCCCACAACAAAAUCCACAAUUCCUGCACCUAAAUCUACCAUUUCUGCAACUAAAUCUACUAUUCCCUCAAGAUCCUCUACACCGUCAAGGUCUAUGGCAAGAUCUUCAACACCAACUUCCAGACCCACUGUACCCCCACCCAUGUCUGCAUCAAGUUCAAGAGCAUCAACACCAACUCGUCGACCGUCCAUGCCAUCCACUACACCUAGUAUAUCAGCUCCUCCAUCAAGGUCCUCUCCAUCAGUUUCCAAGCCAGUUCCUGCAACAGCAAGAAAUCCAGUGCCAUCACGUGGUGCGUCCCCUACAGUGAAAUCUAGACCAUGGAAGCCCUCAGAAAUGCCUGGUUUCUCACUUGAUGCUCCACCAAAUUUAAGGACAACACUUCCUGAUAGACCACUUUCAGCCUCUAGAGGUAGGCCUGGAGCACCCAGUUCUCGAUCUUCUUCUGUUGAGCCUGGUUCUAAUGGAAGACCAAGACGGCAAUCAUGCUCUCCUUCAAGAGGACGGGCUCCCAAUGGCAUUAGUCAUACAAGUGGGAGCUCUGUUCCUGCAUUCAGUCGGGGGCAUUCUAAAGUUAAUGACAAUGUGAGCCCUGUUUUAAUUGGAACAAAAAUGGUCGAGAGGGUAAUAAAUAUGAGGAAACUGGCACCACCAAAGCAAGAGGACAAACAUUCUCCUCAUGGUAACCACUCUGGGAAGUCAUCUUCAUCCCCAGACAGCUCAGGCUUUGGUAGAACACUCUCAAAGAAAUCCCUUGAUAUGGCUAUACGUCACAUGGACAUAAGGCGAAGCAUUCCAGGUAAUUUACGACCUUUAAUGACAAAUAUUCCUGCAUCCUCUAUGUACAGUGUGAGAUCAGGGCCUGCGCGAAGCAGAACGGUUAGUGUUUCAGAUUCUCCUCUUGCCACUAGCAGUAAUGCUAGCUCCGAAGUCAGUGUAAACAACAAUGGCAUUUGUUUAGAUGGGAGUGAAGUAGAAGAUAAUGGCAGUGAGAGAGGUGGUCGAUCUCCUGCUAGUGUGCGGGGUAGGUAAUGGUUCGGGGUCCUAUUAUCCCACAUAAACUGCAUCUCUAAUCUACCUUGUAUUUUUAGUUUGGGUUCCAAUCAUCUUGAUAGUCAAAAGAAAACCAAUUUCCCGAGACACCUGACUAGAAUUGUGCCUCUAUGCUUAAUGUAAAGUUUAUUGCAAAUGCUGGCGGUGAUGUAAUUCAUGAUAUUUGUAAUAUUAGGAAAUCUAGUUAUGUGCUGAACAGCCUUUCUUGGCUCAUUUUCUAUGGAUACUUGUAUCGAAAAGUUAGAUCCCUGUUAUCGGUGAACCCGAGAUUAUUUUGCUUCCUAAGUCCUUACCCCGA